GGCAAAAUUCUCGCUAAUCUUGGAGGCUGUUUAGCGGCAGCGGUGUUUCUCUCUAUGGCCGGUAGGCGGCACCACAAGUUACCGUUUUCUUAGUUUACUUAUAUUUUCUCCCUACCGAACGCGCUCUCCAAAAGCGAAGAAAAAUAAAAAGGGAACCAAGGAGAUCGAAAGAGAAGCAAGCAAUGAAGCACCCCUCCGAAUGCCGGGACAGCGGCGGUGCUGGAGAAAGGGGCGGUGAGGAUGUGGAAAACCGAAGGGAGCGCAGAAAAAGAGCGUGAGGUCUAAAAAAAAAAGUGAGAGAGAAAAAGAGAGAGAGAGAGAGGCCCCUGUCGACUGAGCGGACCGUGGUUUUCCGCCGUCGCCUCUACCGCACGUACCGGGACUUCUCGUGGUGCUGCAAGAGCAAGAGAAGCGCCCCGUUGCUGUCGUGUUGUAAAGCGAUCACGUAUCUCGUCGCAGCAGUGGCCGCUCGCGCGUCGAACGACCCAAUUGCAGGAUUAGCGCGACGGGGACGACACCUCAUCGCUGGCAAGUUUGCGAGCGCGUGCCACGAGCGGCAAAUUCCCGCGGCCCGCCGUGCAAGAGCACGGAGGCGGCGAUAAGUUUCGUCGCCCUCCCUCCCACUUCCUCUGUCGUCUGCUUUGUUGUGCCGUGCGUCCAGACGUGACGAGCUGCGCCACGCAGUGAAGUGCCCGUUGUCGCCGGCUUCUCGACGCCGCUCGGAGUGUGUUUGGGCCGAGAAGAUCAACGCACCGUGCAUCUUUGGAGUAAACCAAAGCCUCCUUUCGCCGGAUCAACUUUUUCUCCCCCCCCCCCACCCCCUUCGCGCCGGCUCGCGAAAACUGGUUGUGCCAGCGAGACGCGGCGGCGGCUUGCGUCGACGGUGGUUGCCUCUCUAGUGUAGCGCCCCACGGCCGUUGUUGUUUCGACGUCGAGGAGUGCAAACUAAAAGACCAUAUGGAGCACGAUGCCGCGUCGUCGAGCUCCGUGCACCGUCUCGUGCUGGCGGUCGCGACCAUGCUGGUGCUGACGCAUUCGUGGCCCGUGGCCCGGGCCGUGAGCGCGGAGAGCCAGUGCGACCCGCCGGGCGUGUGGCAGACGGGCGAGGCGCUGGACGAGACCGCCUCGAGGGCUUCCGGCGCCAACGUCAGCCUGAUCGAGCCGACCAGGUCCGGGAAGCUGCAGGAGUGCGUGGACCGAUGCUGCAAGAGAGAUGAUUGCAGCGUUGCUACUGUCAAGGUUCAAGACAAAGGCACCGUACUUUGCGCCUUGUUUAACUGCAACCCACCUGAAAAGUGUAUCUUCAAGAAGUCCGCCAGGCUGCUUAGCCUGGACCGUACGGCGACUGCCUUCCUGAGGCGGGUCGUCGCCGGCUGGCCCAAGUACAGUAACAUCGAAGUACACACGGGAAAUAUCUCCUCCACUAACGCCACGCCGAUUUCGUCGUCGACUUCACCUACUCCCGAUACGACGUUACCCGUCGUAGCUGAAGCGACGACAGCCAACGUCACUAUGGCAGCCAGCGGCGAUAAGUCGACGACAACUUCCACGUCCGCUCCAAAGCUCAACACGGAAGAUAGUGACGCAAACAGCCCGAUGGUGACGACGGAUGACGUCACUACAGCGUCCGGUUUGAACGCUUCAACUUCAACCUCUACGACGCACCAACCUUUAGGUCUUGGCAGCAUCUUAGACCUAUUAAACCACGUGGCCGAGUCUAGGACUCACUCCGAACUUCACGAAGAAGCAACCUCGUCUACAGAUAGUGCCAAUCACGUUUCUAGCACGUCACUGUCGCCCUCAGGUACAUCAUCAACGACAGAAUCGUUCUACAGAUCGUCCUCUACCACGCCUGCCGACGACGAUAUGUCUCCGCCUCCGUUUUCCGAUAUGCCGGAAGUGUCGUCGUCAACUGAAGGGACGACCAGUACCACUACGACAGUGUCGUCUGCUCUUGAGGCUUCCAUGAAGAAAAUCCUUCCCACGAAGAUGUUCGACGGCGACUCGUGGUGGUCCCCGUUGUCGGCUCCCGUGAAAGCCUCGAACCCGUCAACAAACGCAUCCAGCGUCCCUACCCAGAGCCCGAACGCGACAGAGAAGGCGACCGACGCGGUCAAGUCCGGCGACAUCAGGGGACCCAUACAGAUCUUCGCCCCGACGACGUUGAACGUCGACCUGAUGCCCAAGGCAUCGCCUUCGAUCAGCCUAGUGAUAGGCCUGUGUCUCGGCCUGCUCCUUAUCUUUGUCGUUAUGGGCCUUAUCGGCCGAAGGAUUCUAGACGUGUGGCAGAGGAGGCACUAUUCCAAGAUGGACUUCCUCGUCGAUGGCAUGUACCACGUGACGUGAGUCGCGGAUGUGUAGUUGGAACUUUAGCGCGCCACGAACAAAGUUUCUGGUGCUUCGUGCUAGCGCUAGCCGAUGGUCGCCAGCAUGCUAAAUUUCCACGUGAAAAGAAAGUGUCGUCGGCGUGAAGAACCGCUAAAAGCUUCCAGAAACGUCAGUUACCUGGUGCAAUGCGAAGGCGUCUUUCUUGCCUCUUUUUGACACAGAUAAAUGUAUACAACCAAAACAUAGUUUUGUUGUUCCACUAGCCAAAGUAACUCACCGCCCUAAUUUAUAAAAACUGGCAAGCUCUGUCUACACAAUACAAUUCUCACCUUAUUUAAAAUGCGCCCUGUUGGCAAAGGAAAUACACACUGUGAUAUCAGUGAAAAAGUCAAGGCAACAUCGUGGUUUACGUACUAUUCCCCCUUUUAUCUGACGCCAUAAAAGGCUGCGUUUCUAGGGGCUUUCUGCAGUUUUCAACAAGACGUUUUUGUUGUCGUUGUUGUUGUUGCUUGUUGCAUGUGGCGAGCAUCGGCUAGGCUCUCGAUCAAAUUUUGUACAGACGUGAACUGUUGGGUAGCAGAUAUGUUCGAUACGGCGUUGGUGACCGCAUGCCACAGUGAGAGGACUGUCUUUGUUCCUGUCGGUUGAUUGUUUGCGAAACUUCUUGCUUGCUAUUUUUCGCGUGCGUUCCUCCUCAUCGGGAUCAAAACACCACAUCACAGACAGCUUGCUGGCGAGGCUGAUCCAACUCGCAUUCUCUACUCAGACUGAUUCUGCUUCAGCCAUGUAAGAUAUUACAGGAAAAGAGAACAGUAUAAAUGAAAAAUAGGGAGGUUCACGAGCACUGAAGGCAUCUGGCUAUCCUGCAUUGGAGAAAGGAGAGGGAAAGAGUAAAGAAGAGGAGGGAGUUGAGAGUCGGUGUGCAAUUGAGUCAACGACUUACUGGAAUUGUCAGUGCUGUGUGACAGACGGUCCUCACAGUCCGGUUGGCUUCAGGAACCGCCGCAGCGCUUUUGUGGCCUUCUGCAACUGUGAUGGGUGAGACCGUGGUCUCAAGACCAUGGUCAGUACGAAAGGUCUUCCGGCCUAACUGGUAUAUAGUGGUGCGGAUGGCCUUUAAAGGACAUUUAGUGGCAUAGAAGGUGUUUUAGAGUUUCUUCGCAACAAUGUAUUGCGAUUGGCGCUAUUGGUUCAUUCCUAUCAAGAAUGAGUAUGCAUCGGUGAAUGCAAUCUCCAAGCAUCGCUAAAGUAGUGUUUCUUGCCUUCGGAGAAUAUCAGGUAGCGGGUUCAGUUGCGGAGAAAGGUAGAGCAAACUUAAACUAUGGCGAGUCAAAUCGGGAGUGUGCCAUUUCUAUAAUGUGAGAUGUGCUAACAGUUGCUUUAUUGCUAUGUUGUGUCAGCUUUUGAUGAAGAUAGAGAAACAUUAUGUUCUCGCUCAAGUGCUGGCCUUGGCUUUUCAAAGUACUUAAUAUUGACAAUUACAGUAUAAUGCUUGUGCUGCUUUCUUAUCGCAAAAAAGGUCAGUAUGACCGAUAUGUCGAAAACCCCUUAGUAAGCCCAAUAUUUGCAAAAAAAAACUAUGUGUAUAUGGUUUAUAACUGAAAUAGACCGAAGAAAAUGACGUUCUCAGGCAGCUCUAUCCAAUAUAUGACAUAUAUAUGGAUACAUGUCAUAUAUCCAACUUCAUUCGCAAAAGGCACGUCGUGGUCAAGAAAGGUAAAGCUUAUCAAAUAGAUGCACAGGAGUACAAGAAGAGUGGGGUUCAUAUCUGUCGCAGGACAAUAGACACUUGUUAUUUCCAACAGAGAUAAUAGUAAUCAUGUGUAGCGGUAUUCAUUAAGCGGACCUUUAUCACACUUGGACCGUGACGAUAAAGAAAAAGAGCUCUUAUCCUACAUAUCCUUCCCUUCCAAUAAUGUAAACAUAUCAGGUCGCACGGAAUAACACACCGUCAAGACCAUUGCAUACGUGGGAUAUGCAUCACGUGAAAAUGUUUGAUAAGAAUGACUAUAAAGGCUGCGUUUGCAAGAAAUUAAAUAACAGUGCUCUUCUUUUUCUUAGUUUUUUAUAGGUUUAACUUGCUUCCAUGUCGCGUGUGUUAAAAACAAAAGGCGAAGCAUGAGUAGCGUUCGUUGUAGGCUCCGGGAAAUUGGGACUGUGCACUUUCGAAUCGCUCAGUGAGAUAUUAUUUAAGGGUUAUAUUCGAGCGUGAAGCAACAUUAAUUUUUUCCUUCAAUUUUUUUCUUGCAUUUUAACAGCGUGUUUUGAUGUCUUCGCUAACGAUCUACUUAUGUGUGGGUGGUGGGUGAAAGCGACGCUGCUCUGAAGGAAGUACGAUCUGGCACGUUUUACAUCAGAGAGUUUUAGCAUAGCGUUACCAGCUUGCGGUUACCAAUACAGGGUGUCAUGACUUCCCAUGCGCGGAGUUUACCGGUAUGGCACGCGCCCCAGUUACUGUGAUUGCGUAAGAACGUGCACGGGCUCAUGCAGGCGGCCCACUCGCUCUCCGCCGUAAAAGCGAAGAAUAAACAGUACGAUGAGCCAUCGCUAUGUCUCAUCUCGCGCCGAGCAUAACGUAUAGGCGAUGUUUUGUCGUAAUUAAUAUUGAGAUCAAUGGUGGGUUUCGAGGCCGCCAGGCCUAGAGAGGUGGCAACAAGGUGGGAAAAGUGUAUCGAUUUCCGCCUAGCAGAUGGCGCCACAGCAGUUAGCGUUGGUCCACGCUGCGCAAGGUGAGCGACGUUGACGAACGGUUUCGCUGCCAACCGCAUGAAGCAAAACGUGUGAAGCAACCGCAAAACGUGUGAAGUUGGAUCGAUACGGCAACAGUGCCACAUGUUGGUCACGCGGCACCAAAUAGCGCACGGAGACAAAGUCUGUCAGAAUUUCAGCUGAGAAAGCCGCCCAGUGGUUUCUCUCGGCGAUUUCAGCUGAUUUUCAAAGGCACUUUCAGUAGUUCGUUCAGUAAGUUAUUGCGAUCAAUUUUGAUUCGGGCUCGCGUACCUUAUGAAGACGGUGGCGCCACGAGCGGGUUGCGAAGGCUAAACUGAAGGGGCUGUUUUUUCAAUUGCUGACGCAAUCCUAAGAUUUAUGUUGCGGAUGACUGAGCUGAAUUAGAUGGUAUAUACGAGGCGUAGCAUGAAAUUCUUCCAUCAUCCAACAUCCGUUUUCUUUUCACUCUGGAGUCAUAGGUGUGUUUACGCGCUCUCUCUCUCUCUCUCUUUCUGCAAUACCUUGCAGCGGAGAUGUCUGCGAUGCGAAUGAAAGAUCGGGGCACAAGUGCCUUGUAAGCACGAGCACGUCAUUGUCAUUUCACCUCCUCUGUGUGGAGCCUCCACAGCGCAGGAACACAUUGUCGCAAGUCUUCCUCUUCUCGCCCAAGCAUGCAAGUAAAAGAGUCAUGAUAGGGUCCAACUUUCGUACUUUCAAGUCCUAGCUUUCGCGGGCCGCGUCGUAUCCUGCCUUCCUGGUGUCCAUGGAAUCAUACCGCGGCACGCUGCUUACCGAUUGUGACGUGCGUGUACGUGCGAGAGAGAAAAAAAAACGAAGGAAUACUUCGUUUCGUUGGUGAUGCGCAUCGCUUCUCUUUCCUUAAAAUGCGACCUUAAUUCUGCGGUCGUCAUUCGCUAUGGGGGCCAAGCAAGCGUCGACGAGAGAACCUAGUUUGAUCAAGAAUGAACUUCUGUUUGUCUGCUCCUGUUUCCUGGCUAAAACGCUGCGUGGAAAGAUAUGGCAGGGUUAUACCGAAUGCUAAUCGCAGGAACCGCCAAUCGGGGUACGCCCCUAGCAAAGACAGGACCAAUCCACAUCCGUUAAUUCCUUCGCAGGAACAUUACGGGACGUCUUCUCUGAACUGCCAGAUGCAGGUUUGCUGAAAACGUUGGAAUCUUCUUAGUACGAAAGUGGUACGCGAGUUUUGUUGCCGAAACUGCGCACAUUUGUGGAAACUAGAUCUUGCAUCAACCAACAAGCAGCCGAGCCUGCAAGGGCUUGUUCGUAUGCACUGCAGGGCAGCCCAAAACCUACCAAGUAGAACUUGUUGCUGGGCAAUUUGGUAUAUCCUAAUGAGUGCCUGAAGGAUGCAAACACAUGCACAUGCAAUGUUUAGUUCCCUUUGUGUGUCUUCUAUUUGUUUUUUCACAAUACAUUGCACGUGCGUGUGCUUGCGCCCUUCACUGCAGGCCGCCAUCAAAACCUACCGAAUUCGCGGUUUUGUUAAGGCAGAAAAAAAAAAAAGAGGCAUAAAUAAAGCACAGCAGAAAUUGACAUUUGAAGUCAGGUAUGGUGAAAUGUGUUCAGUACCUUCUCUGCGAACCUGCACGUUACUUUGUUGUCUAAUGGUCGAAGAUAAACAAUCGCACGAUGUCCCGAUGGAUAUUUCGAACGGUAGUACAGAACGAAUUUCUCUUAGACAGAAUUUCUUAGGCAGGCUUACUAUUCAGUAUUUCACAGCCUGUGCUGUCACGCAUGUCUCUUAUUUGAAUGUUCUUCGGGGCUUUUCCGUGCUUUCAUAUUGUUAAAACACCUAACUAAAUGACAAAUACUCGCUUCUCAGUAAAUUAAGUAUUAGAUCAAAACGCUUAAUUAAAUUGUGCCGUAUGAUUGGUAUAGCAAUUGAGUAUGUAAAAUUUGAUCACAUUAUACUUGUUCAUUGUGAAAUGUCCUAAGACUAGUGACCUAAUUGAUAAAGGGAAAGUCAGACAUUAACCCGUUCGUAGCAAUUGCUACAAAGGAAACUCAUACGGGCUCCUCAAAAGAAAAGCCUCGCAGUUGAAGAAAAAUUCGUCCUGGUCCGGGACUCGAAGCCGUGACCACCGCCUUUCCGGGGCAGCCGCUCUACCAUCUGAGCUAACCAGGUGGCUAGCAGAUGGCAGGGCUUUAUUAAUUACUUCUCUCCACCUUGCGGGUUCCCGCAGAACUAUUACGUCAAUGACUAGUGACGUAAUUGCUUGGUCACUUUUGUUUCUUACACACUUCUGCAAUUAUACUGCCAACAGUGGUGAUUUAUCACCUGUUGUGUGUCGGUCACUUAAGAAACAUUUGUUUCGUGAAAGCAGCUAUGCGGAUUCAGUCAUUCAUUGGUUGGGACGAACUCUGGCUACCACUGUACAGCGCAAUAUUAGUGCGACGUAGAAUAACAAAAGGCCAAACAAACGCUUCAUACACAUUUUUUUUCCUGGUUAGAGCCGGGUAUAUUUUAAUCUCUAAAGUUUUGGUGGCUCGAGGCAGACCAUUUGUGGUUAUGCUUGUGGCAUGUUGUUGCUCUAUUUAGGGAUUGAAGCUUUCCUUAUCAUUUACUUUUGUGUGCUCGUAGGACAAAGCAUGCGGUAGAUGUCUCGCUUUUUUCACCUUAGUGCGCAGUGUUACUCUGAGUCUUGCUUUUGUGGUCACACUGUUUUGCGACCUAUGAAUAAGCGCGCUGUUUCCUUUCUAUACAUGAGUGAGUAAAAUCAAAACUCUUCGUUGUUGCGAGGUUUAAUAUCUGCAGAUUUUUUUUUUUUGUUAUUUGUAGGUGUCGGUGAUGAAUUACAAUCAUUCUCAAGAGUGGUUAAUAGCGGUGAUACUGCUAUUGCAGUAAUAUUCCCUGUGAUGGAAUGUGUUUACGCAGCUUGUUGAUAAAUUAAAAGAAAGGAAAACUUG